AUGGAUGUUCGCUCAGACUCUUCGUCCGUAAGAAAGGACGCACAACAAGCAGAGCCGGCAGAAGAAGAAAACGUCGAUGCACUGGCAAACCAAGUACGAUUGAGUGGUGAAAUCAAAUCGUUACUCGAGCGACAACAUUCACAUUCAGGGCCGUCGCCGGCCGAACAGCCAGCCAAGGGAAGAUGGAGGAAAGACAAGAAACUGGGACGCGCUCCAUCGUACGCGUCAAAUUCGUCAACAUCUGUCUCAUUCCGACAGCAUCCGAGCAUGGAUGCAGCCAACUCGGGUUCACUCACGAACCUCAUGGAAGGCGAAGCACCUGCACCAAGUCAGCAAGUCACAUAUGAGACACCAGAAGCUCAAGAAUAUCGUGCGAAAAUGAGCAAGAAGAUGGGCACGAGACUCAUGGACGAUAGUAUCGGUACACGAGUAGAGAGCCCGGGACUUGUUCGCGACGUCGAUGCAAGUGGUAGUACCGGUGUUGGAGGUCGAGUACGUGGACGCCAGAGAACGGCCAAGAAUGCGGUAUGA